CUUCCGGUGUGGCUGCGGCAAAAUUGAAAGGGGAAUAUCAAAACAUACCGAAAAAGCUGACGAUUUCUCUUCAUCAUGGAAUCUGGACAGUUUAACAACAACAGCAAUUGACGGGAUACAAAUUGCUGUGAUGUAAUUACCAAAAUGUGAGGACCGCCAUCUCUCUACAAUUUUUAGCCGUUGAUAGAGAACACAAUGACAGCCAGUAUGUCAAGUGAUCCCGUUUAUUUGGGCCUCGACCAAAAGUUUGACAAGGUUUUGGCUGACAUGAAACCACAUGUGUUAAAACUUCCUCAUAAAACAGAUCGACAAAAAUGUGCAAUAUGGAUCAAGAAGCUUUGUGAACCUGUCAUGGGCAUAACAGGAAGAAAAAAUCGUAAUGCGUACGCCCAGCUUAUGUUACACAUGCUGAAGAGAGGGGUCCUUGAGGGGCCAUUCACCAGUAAACCACAAGAUGGUCCCCUACCCACACUACCUCCUUACAUGUCAAUAUACUUUGAUGAGCCAUCUGGCAAGAAAGGCCAAGCUGAUGACAAAGUACCAGAUUGGGUGGCCGGAGAACUGACAUCAUCGGUUGGCUCAUCAUUGUUCAAAGGGUCUAUAGGAAAUCCCACGGCAUCUUCUACCUUUAGGUCUGGUAUAUCUCCCAUAGGACAUGAACGGGGACUCCGCAGGAGACCUCAUACCAGUAUGGGAAUAGAACUGGACAAAGAUCCCAGUAUAGCGUCACCGAUCAGGGGUAUGACAUCACCAAUGCGUGUCACGACGUCACCAGUUAGAGGUUUAGAGCUGCCAGACCAUGGUUUAAUGUCAUUUGAUGAUAUAAGUAUCGGUAGGAAGUCGCCCACGAUAAAGAAACCUCACUUCCUGUCUGAUGACGAGGAAAGUCUGCGGCUUGUCAGACAUGAUGAGAGAAAACUUUUCAAAGAAUCACCUAAACACAAAUGGAAGAAGGAGGAAGAACUAAGCCAGCCAUCACCUCCACAUCAUUAUAAUCCCCCAUCAGGUUUGUUUGGAGGUUCCAUAGCAUCAACAAAGUUAACGUUUGAUAUAGAUCAAACAAAGGAUUAUGGCAAAGAUAAUCUACAAAUGAAGACAAAAAUGUUAGAAGCAAGAUUUCAUGAAGAAAAAUUAAGACUUCAACAAAAACAUGAUGCUGCUGUACAGAAGAUUUUAGAUAGAAAAAAUGCUGAAAUAGAAGAAUUAAAAUCACACUACAGAUCAAAAGCCAAGGAGUUAGAAGAAACCAUCUCAAAAAUGGAAAAGAAAAUCCAAACACUAGUCAAAGAUUCUCAGGCUAUGAGGGACACCAAGGAUAAACACAUUAUGGAACUCAAGAAGAUGGUGGAGGAGUCCAAUAUCACACGGAGAAAUGAGUUUGAGAAAGAAUUGAAUGACAUGGUUGCCAAAUUUGAGCAGGAAAAGUUUGAUAUGCAGAAGCACCACACAAAGAAUAUACAGGAGAUUCUGGACGACACAAAUGGCCGUCUGCUGAAAAUGGAGAAGGAGUACAACCAGCAGACUAAUUCAACAUCAGCAGUGAUCAAGGAACUGGAGAAUCGUCUUCAGAUGCUGAUGUCGGAGGCUGACCAGACUGCCAAAGCAAGGAAUGUGACUGAGCGAGCGAAGAUGGACCUGGAUAGUAAAUUUGACCGCUUGACUGCUGACUACAGAGACAUCAGAGAUAAAUAUUCAAAUCUUGAGAAGGAACAUCAGAGGAGUAUAGAAGUAAACGACCAAGAGAUUAGGACGCUCAAAAACAAAAUGGAAGCUAGCCUGGAGUUUAUGAAACAGGAACACAACAUUGCUUCAGCUAAGGCUGCCGACAACAUUUCGGAGUUAGACAAUCAUGUGGAUCAGUUGAAGCGAGCUUUGAAGGAUGCUGAAGAACAGAGACAGAGGCAAAUCAGGGAAAUGGAACAAGUACAACAACAAGAUAAAAUACACCUGGAGAAUCUGCACGACAAACAGACAAGAUCUAUGAAGUUAGAGUCGGAACAGAUGGAACAGGACUUUCAGAAAAAGAUCAAGAAGAUGGACCAGACUAUUAGAGAGAAAGACGACGAGAUUAAAAAACUAACAGACAAGAAUACACAGCAAUCACAACAGGCAGAGAAAGCUCUGGAGGAGUUCAAAGGUCAAGUUGAGAAAAACCAAGAUCGCAUGUACAAUGAAAUGAAACAACAGAUGGAGAGAGUGGAAACAGACUUGAAUAAGUCUAAACAAGCACGCGAGAGACAAGCUCGUGAGUUUAACAAACAGUUGGAGGAUGAACGAGCACAGCACGAACGACAGAUGGUGGAACUGAAGUUGACACUGGAACAUGACAAGGCACAGAUGUUACAAGACUUCCACAAACAGAAGGAGAUGGUCCUGUCACAACACGAGAAAGAUUUCCAGGAUCUCAAGGAAAACCACCAGUCUGAGCUCUAUGACCUUGACACAAGGAUGCGGGAACGCACUGACCGUGAUGCCAAAAAAAUUUCGAGUGUUGAGCGACAGAACCAGGAAUUAAGAGAAGAAAUAGUGCAGGCAAAUCAGCUACGCAAACAACAGUUAGUUGAGCUAGGUCUGCUGAGGGAGGAGGAGAAACAAAAAAUGCAGAGGGAACAGGAGUCAGAGUUGGCAAGGUUGAGAUCAGAGAUGGAACAACAGAGACUGGACUUGCAGAAAACUCACAGUACAGAGAUGGAGAAGAUGUUAGAAAAGACUAAUGGAAGAUUGAAAGAUAUUGAAAAGGAAUACAUGCAGAGAGGGCAGAAGGCUACAGAGACGAUAGCAGAACUACAGGCAACAUGUAACCAUCUGAGAGAGGAAAUUAAAAGGAUACAAGACGGGAGCGAGAAAAAGAUCCACGACACCAACAAUAAAUACAAAGAGGAAACCAAGUACAUCAAGAGACAGUACAGUAACAAUGUUGAGAACCUACAGACAGAGUUGGAAUCUCAGGAGGCCUGGGCUAAGGCCUGGAGCUGGAGCCUUCAGAAGGAAGUGGAAGCCCAGCAGAACCGUGUCAGGACUCUGGAACGUCGACUGGACCAACAGGAGUCAGACUUUGAAGAAAAGAUGACCCAGUUGAAGCUUGCUUACGAGGAGAAGAUGAGAGGAAUGAUGUCCCUCUCUGUGAGACAGGAACUGGAGGACACUAUAGACUCACUGAAGUCCCAGGUGAACUCACUACAACAGAGAAGUCUAAUCUUACAGGAGGAGAUCGACCUGAAGAACCAGUAUACACUCAGUCAAUUCCAGGCCAGCUCUCCCAUCAAAGCUGUGUAGGAUACACUCGGUCAAUUCCAGGCCAGCUCUCCCAUCAAAGCCGUGUAGGAUACACUCAACCAAUUCUGGGCCAGAUCUCUCAUCAAAGCUGUGUAGGAUACUCGGUCAGUUCCAGGCCAGCUCUCCCAUCAAAGCUGUGUAGGAUACACUCAGUCAAUUCCAGGCCAGCUCUCCCAUCAAAGCUGUGUAGGAUACUCUCAACUAAUUCUAGGCCAGAUCUCCCAUCAAAGCUGUGUAGGAUACUCUCAACUAAUUCUAGGCCAGAUCUCCCAUCAAAGCGGUGUAGGAUACUCUCAACUAAUUCUGGGCCAGAUCUCCCAUCAAAGCUGUGUAGGAUACUCGGUCAGUUCCAGGCCAGAUCUCCCAUCAAAGCGGUGUAGGAUACUCUGUCAGUUCCAGGUCAGAUCUCCCAUCAAAGCCGUGUAGAAUACACAAGCAAAUCUCCUAUCACCUUUGAUGUAUCCAAGUUAAAGAACAAAACACAUUCCACAAAAUGUUUCAGAACCAGUUCUGAGUGUUCAUGAACCAUUUUUGAAUUCACAUUGUUAAAAUGUGUUUGAUAUUUAUGAUAGAAGAUAUGUUAGUUUGUAUGGUAACAUGUAUGACGGACUGUGAUAGUAGAAUUCUCCGAUUUGUUUGUAAGUCUAGAUCUUUAUAUCAUUGGUAACUGUUCAUCAGAAUGUCUGAACCAAUGUUAUCUGUACGUGAGGGCAUUCCAAUUUGAGUGAUAGCGUUAUUCUCUUGUUUAAGAUUUUUUUCUUCCUUUUUUUUCUGAUCAAUAUAUUGAAUAUGAGUUCAAGUUGUCAUUCAUGUCGAGAACCGAAUGUAAGACCUCAAACUAAUUAAAACUUCAGUGAUGUAUGUUAUGAUAUGGCCAGCAUACAUUACUCUGAACUCUACAUGUGAUUAGCCAUUGAUGUGCGUUCAGUUCUUUAUACAUAUAUUAACGGCUUUAUAACUUUGACAGAAAUUUUCAUGUGGGUCCAUAGAGUACAUUUAUUGUAGCUUAUAUAAUGAAUUCUUAGCAUAAACUUGGCAAUAAGACACCAUAUAUUCAUAGUGAUCUUUAGGUAUGCAGGGUAAUUAUUAAUUAAUUACUCGUGUUAUAAUUAGUGGGUCUGUUAUUUUUAAGUAGAAGUUGUAGUACAGUUGUUAAGCUGAGAUGAAGUAGAUUAAUAUUUAUACAGUAAUUAAUGGUUGUAGUUUUAAUUUAAUAACUGUAAGAAGAAAAUAUUUAAGAGUUAUAAUCAAAUAUAGACAUUGUACAUGAUAAAGACACUUAAGUACAUGUAUUUGCUCAAGUACUAUUUAAGUGCCUGUCUGGAAAUAAGCCCGCACAAAAAUUAGCAGUUCACUAAAAUACAAACAAAAUUAAUUCUGUUUCAUUGUCCAGCAAUAAUCCAACCCUUACUUCGAGUCACAAGUAAUAUAAUAUAUGGCCUGGCUUAUUACAGAAUAGAUAUAGUAAGUAUUACUUGUAGAAAUGGUCUUAUUCUGCUCGAAGUGUAUUUAUGGUUGAGAAUGUGAUUGCAUAUUUAAGAUUGAAUGAUUGAAGUUGGGUAAACUAUAAUCUGACCUAAUUCAAGGACAAGUAUAUUUCCCUUUCAGAGAAUUCACUUUAGUGUUUGAAUAUCGAGUCAGAUGGUUGAAUAUUCAUGACUGAUGGUUGAAUAUUCAUCAGAUAAUUUGUAGGAUUGCUAUAAUUUCCCCUUAGUUAUACUCGAAUGGCUGAGAUCGUGUUAGUAAGACUUAACAGCUUGUGUAUGAAAGGCAUUAUUCAUAUCUUUGACACUGUUGCAAUAUUACAUCUCCUGAAGUGAUUUCCUAUAUGUCAUUAUGAAUCAUGGAAAAAAAACCUUACAUGUGUCUGUAAUGCUCAUUGAAUGAUGUGUAAAACUCAAAAAGUAGCUGUAUAAAAAUGUGGAGCACCAAUACUAUCAUCAUGUGAUUGACCAUGCAUUAUGUUUGUAAGAUGUUGAAAUUCUAAUUCUAAUUUUAGGUGUUGACAGAAUCUCAACAAAGGAUAUGUAUCGUUUGUCUGUGUUUUGUGCUUUGUGUUAACUCGACGUUGAGGCCAGCAGUGCUUUGUCUAUUUAUUAUUUUAGUUUCAGCAUCAAUUUAUCUGUGAUAUUUUUUGUAACAGUGAAACCUGUUUGGUCUGGAUGAAUCCUAUACUUAUGGUUUUGGACAUUUCACAGGCAAUAGAACCUUAGAAGCAUCUGUUGCUUCUUAGGACUGUAUGGAGCUUUGGAAGUGUACGUAGGACAUUUCGGAGACAGCAGGUUCUUGGAAGCAACAAAGUUUCCAGGAUUGUUGGAAAUCCAGAACUGAUUGUCAGAAGUGCACCAAACUUUCUUGAAUCCAGAUCAACUUGGUUUUACUGUAUUUGUUUACAUUUACUACACAAUGUUUCUCUCCAACAUACAUGUCCUGUUACUGUUGAACUUAUGCAAACUUGCCAUUAUAUACAUGCCUGUUUGAGUUACAUAAUUUACCUAGUAAGGUUUAUCAUGAUGUUAAGAUUUAAUUCAAUUCUAGGUACAGGGUUGUGUGUGAUUUUGCUAAUUUAAUGUUUAAAUACCUCCUGAUUUUCUCACUGUUGGCACAGGUUCUUCAUAAUUCAAUAUGAUUAUACAUUAUAAUUUUGGUAACAUUUUACAGGAAAAAUUGUUUUCGAGAUGGUAUGGAAGGCAAUUGCAAGUAUGAGAGAUUUACACAGCCGUAAGUGUAUUAUGUUGUAUUGUACAAUUCAUUCCUCUACACAAACAUUAAUUUUGCAUAAUGGUUCAUUUCUUACCGAAUCUUUCUAUAAACCGUCCAAGUCUGAACAUUUCAACAACCUAAUCUCAACAACAUUGUCAGUGUACAUAACUAUAUAUAGCCUGUAUAUAUGUAUAUUCUAGUGUAUAAAUUACUGUACAUUAAAUGCCAGAAUAUCUAUUAUUAUAAUAAACAAAGAAAUGUU